CAUUUCAUUUGGUUCACGCAGUUAAAUAGUGGGUGAAAGAAAAUGGAGAUGGAGACGGAAGAUUUUUCAUCGUAGAGAGCCCAAGCUCAACUAUAUGAUUUGACUGCUGUCCACUUCUUCGGCUUCUAUUCACAAAUCACAAGCGUUGUCCUUUUCUCCUUCGCACGCGUUGCACCGCACCAUACCGACCAAACCCCCCAACAACCUCCCACUAGACUGAUUAGGAAAUGUUGUUGGGGAACGCCAUAGCCGGAGCUCGUAUAAUCACGGCGUCGUCAUCCAACCACAUCGUCUUCGAACCUGAUGACAUCCCUUUCGGCUCCUUUGAGUGGUUCGUCUUUGCGGGAGUUUCCUGCUUGCUUGUGCUCUUCGCCGGCAUAAUGUCCGGCCUUACCUUGGGCUUGAUGUCUCUGGGCCUCGUUGACCUCGAAAUUCUUCAGAGAAGCGGCACUAUCACCGAGAAGAAGCAAGCUGCUGUUAUCUUACCAGUUCUUAAAAAGCAGCAUCAGCUUCUUGUAACUCUGCUUCUCUGUAACGCUUGUGCCAUGGAGGCUCUUCCUAUAACCCUUGAUAAAAUUUUUCACCCCUUUGUUGCAGUGUUGCUGUCUGUUACUUUUGUUCUGGCUUUUGGAGAGAUUAUUCCACAAGCGAUAUGUUCAAGAUAUGGACUCUCUGUUGGUGCAAAUUUUGUGUGGCUCGUGCGUAUUCUGAUGAUAAUUUGUUAUCCCAUCGCUUACCCUAUUGGAAAGGUUCUGGAUGCUGUGCUUGGCCAUAGUGAUGCUUUGUUUAGACGGGCUCAGUUAAAAGCCCUAGUCUCCAUCCACAGCCAAGAGGCUGGCAAAGGUGGUGAACUAACACAUGAUGAGACAACCAUCAUUAGUGGUGCACUGGAUUUAACUGAAAAGACUGCAGAGGAGGCUAUGACACCCAUUGAAUCAACAUUUUCCUUGGAUGUUAAUUCGAAAUUGGAUUGGGAAUCAAUUGGCAAAAUUCUUGCACGAGGUCAUAGUCGUAUCCCUGUCUAUGCUGGGAAUCCAAAAAAUAUCAUCGGGUUGUUACUGGUGAAAAGUCUUCUCACGGUACGACCAGAGACCGAGACUCCAGUCAGUGCUGUUUCCAUCAGGAGAAUGCCUAGGGUCCCAGCACAUAUGCCUUUGUAUGAUAUCCUCAAUGAAUUUCAAAAGGGCAGCAGUCACAUGGCAGCUGUAGUGAAGGUUAAAGGAAAGACCGAAGACCCUCAAUUUUUUGUUGAUGGACAGAAAUUUGACAAGCACAAAGUUACCAAUGGAAUUUCUCAACUAACCACCCCUUUGCUGACCAAAUAUGAGACUAAACCAGAUAGUGUUGUUGUUGAUGUUGAGAAACCUUCAAGGCCUACCAUUUUCAAGGCAACUCCUGUAGCUAAUGGUGUCACAGCCAAUAGCUUGCAACAGUUUUCAGAGGAUACUGAAGACGGGGAAGUCAUUGGUAUCAUUACACUCGAAGAUGUUUUUGAAGAACUUCUCCAAGAGGAAAUUGUUGAUGAGACCGAUGUAUAUAUUGACGUACAUAAAAGGAUACGAGUGGUUGCUGCUGCCGCUGCUUCAUCUGUAGCACGUGCUCCAUCCAAUCGUAGAUUGAUUGGUCAAAAGCCUUCAGGUGUCCAAAGCAAGCAAGGGAAAAUGACAAGGAAAUCAAUGGAUGACGAUUCACAAACAGGGAGAUCUCUGGCUAACCCAGGGGAAUGUCUUCCCAGCAGUAUCGAACGAUCUUAACCAUGCAAAGCAGAGAAUCAAAUUUGUGCAUUUUAGUCUCAUUGUCAUCUAUUGUAAAUUCUCAAAUUAGGUUGGGUAUAUUGCAGCUUGUGCAUGUAGUUCAAAGUGAGAAAACUAGGGUUGUUUACUGUAAAAAUAAAAAUCAGGGCAAAUUUUGUUAAUGGUAGUUAAAAGUUCCACUAGCAAACCAGCUAUGUUAGGCAUGAAUCUUAGAUAUGGUAGGUAACAAUGGUGCUUUCUUAGGAUAAUUUUACUUUUAAACGUCUUGAUGAAAAAAUUUUACGAACAGUUUUUUGGUUAGAGCAUUUUGCUCAGUGUCAAACUCAUCCUUUUCAUGUUUAGAGCAUCUUGAUGAUGUAAAAAUGCUACUAAUGUAUCAUCUGCUAUGGUGGCAUAUGAAUGUAUCGUGCACCGCAUGAUUUUUGUGUUAUAAA